GUCGUAGUGAGGAUGGGCGUAGACAGCGGGAGCUUCCCUGUCCGACUCCGAACAGACAUUUUUCUCAUUCCUCCCAGCUGCUCUCCGCUCGACCGUAUCAACGGAAAACCUCUCGUGAUUUACUCUAUCAAGGCGUUUUGAACAGUGUCCGGACACCGAAGAUCAGAAAUCCAAAUCAGGGAUCAAGAUGUUCUACACGUGUGGACCCAAUGAAGCCAUGGUGGUGUCCGGCUUUGGUCGCUCCCCUCCUCUCAUGAUCGCUGGAGGUCGAGUGUUUGUCUUGCCGUGUAUUCAGCAGAUCCAGAGGAUCACACUCAACACCCUGACUCUGAACGUGAAGAGUGACAAGGUCUACACCCGCCAUGGUGUCCCCAUCUCUGUCACUGGCAUUGCACAGGUGAAGAUCCAGGGCCAGAACAAGGAGAUGUUGGCCACCGCCUGCCAAAUGUUUAUGGGGAAGUCGGAGGCAGAGAUCUCCAACAUUGCACUAGAAACACUGGAGGGACACCAGAGAGCCAUCAUUGCCCAUUUGACUGUGGAGGAGAUCUACCAGGACCGCAAGAAGUUCUCUGAGCAGGUCUUCAAGGUGGCCUCCUCUGACCUGGUCAACAUGGGAAUCGGCGUUGUCAGCUACACGCUCAAAGAUGUUCAUGAUGAUCAGGACUACCUUCAUUCUCUGGGUAAAGCCAGAACAGCCCAGGUGCAGAAGGAUGCAAGGAUGGGAGAGGCCCAGUACAAACGUGAUGCUGUCAUCAGGGAGGCCCAUGCCAUGCAAGAGAAGGUGUCUGCUCAGUACAAAAAUGAAAUUGAGAUGGCAAAAUCCCAGAGAGACUACGAGCUGAAGAAGGCAGCCUAUGAUUAUGAGGUCAACACCAAGAAGGCAGAGUCAGAAAUGGCCUAUCAGCUUCAGGUGGCCAAGACAAAGCAGCGCAUCGAGGAGGAGACCAUGCAGGUUCAGGUGGUAGAGCGUACUCAGCAGAUUACUCUGCAGGUUCAGGAGAUCAUCCGCAAGGAGAGGGAGCUGGAGGCCAAAGUGAAGAAGCCCGCAGAAGCAGAGAAGUACCGUCUGGAGAAGCUGGCAGAGGCCCAGCGCCUGAAGCUCAUUAUGGAGGCCGAAGCCGAGGCCGAGUCCAUCAAAAUAAAGGGCGAUGCAGAGGCUUUCGCCAUCGAGGCUAAGGGUCGUGCCGAGGCGGAGCAGAUGACCAAGAAGGCCGAGGCCUUCAAACAGUAUGAAGAAGGAGCCAUGGUGGACAUGCUGCUGGAGAAGCUGCCGCUGAUUGCGGAGGAGAUCAGCAGGCCGCUGUCGCAGGCUCAGAAGAUCACCAUGGUGUCCAGCGGUGGCUCAGAGGUGGGCGCCGCCAAACUGGCCGGGGAGGUGCUCGAUAUCAUGACCAGGCUGCCGAUGGCUGUCGAGAAACUCACCGGGGUCAACAUCUCCCAGGUUGGAAUCCAGGCCGCCCGCUUGCAUUAAGAGGAGAGAGAUUUAAAUCUGGGAAGGUUUCACCAAUAUUCGGACGAGGCGGUCCUCGUCUCCUCCCUGUGCCCAUUACCACUGGAACGACUCCGCCAGCGCCGCAGUCCCAUCUGAUCGUCUGUGUCCAUGCAUGUCUUUCACCAGUGUCUCUUUUUUGUUUCUGGAUCUUCUUUUAUCUGAGAUCUGUCCCUAAUCCGAGCUGUUGUGUUCUGCCGUGGCCGACAGCAAAAACAGCUACCCGGGAUUCGAUUCUCGAUGAAGCUGCUUUGUUUGCUUUAGUCAGUGAUAGUCCAGAUAGAAACUCCCGUCUUUGUCCUGUAGUACUUGACCUUCAGUAUCCACGUUUUUUUUUAACUUCUACUUUUACAAUCAGCCUCACUAUCCCUUCACAGGGACGGAGUCAUUAAACUCUUGUUCUUUUUUUAAAAACUUUUUUACGUGAAAAAUGUUUUCUCCGUGCCUUUAUUCACUUAAUGCAUUUUUUAAAAAUCCCAGCAAAACCUCAUUGUUAUGAACGGUCAUAUUACUGUCAGUGUAGCUUUAUGCUAUUUACUUAUCACAGUUUAGCUUUGUGUUUAUCAUUUAGAUGCUGGGGUGGUUCUACAUUGGUAUCUUUGUUGUAAUUGACUACUUUACUUUAAAAAUCAGUUGUGCUGCAAGUGGAAGGAUUUUUAAUUUUUUUUAUGUUCACAUGAAGGGAAGCGGUUGAUGGAAACAAGAUAUUGAGGUUUCCUGUGAAAAGCAAUGAAAGUAUGUAAGUGGAAAAUAGAAAACAAUUUUAGACUUUUGUCUUUGCUGACGUGUAACGGACCAUAACCAACUUACCAGCAUGCUGCUUUGAUGUGCUUUGCUGCCUGCGGUUUGAAAUGACAUAUAGGAGAUAUUAUGAUUUAGUUGUUGUAGUGAUUUUUCUAUUACACUGUGAUGCUAAGUAUUGCGGAUUCUGGUUGAUUUGAGGUGUUGUAGCUGAGGGAGGUUUUGAACGACAGCCAUGUACCUCGGAUUGGGAGCUUUGGGGCUAUUUUUUCUCUCUUUUCUGUCAGAUGCCUUUCUAACUGUCCAAAGUUUUCCAGCUACCAAGCCUUAUGCAUUUUUGUUAGCCUCAAGUGCCUGGUUUAAACUCCUCAACAGCCAAGUCAAGUUGGCUUCUCUGCUAACGCCUAUAACACUUCUGUCAGGGAAAAAGUCCUUACGUCUGAUGACUAACCCUAAGCCAUUAGCCAUCACUAUUGACAGCUUUAUACUGCUUUUUUAGCCUCUUGAUACUAAUCUUUUACGUUCCCUAACAAUGUGUUCUUGCAUGUUUAUCUUUUAAAUUGAACUGAUAUUUAGAAGUCAUUACAUAGUGUGAAAGUCGUACGCCAGUGUCAAAUAUUAAAAGAUGUAGUCAAAUGAUACUGUAGACAAUAAAAUAUGGUUAAAUCACA